AUGGGAAGAAAAAAGCGAAAGAUAAAUAUAGAAUUGAAACCAUUUUGUUAUUACUGUGAUAGAGAAUUUGAUGAUGAAAAAGUUCUUAUUCAGCAUCAAAAAGCGAAGCAUUUUAAAUGCUCGCAAUGUAAUAGAAAAUUAGAUGUAGCUACUGGUUUAGUUGUUCAUAUGAUGCAGGUUCAUAAAACAAAUUUAAAAACGGUACCUAAUUCUUUGCCAAAAAGAAACGAUCCUGAAAUUGUUAUAAGAGGUAUGAAUGGAGUUCCAACUGAAAUAAUUGAAGAAAAUCUAAAUAAAUUAAAACAAAAAUUAGGUGAUAAGAAUAUUAAACGACAACAAAGAGUAAACUGGGCACAAGUCACUAUGGCUCCAACAAUGGAGCAAUUUUUACAACAAGCCCAAAUGGGAAACUUUUAUUUUCCAGGUUUUAAUUCACCACAUAUUCAAACUAUUAAUAAUAUGAUAUUAAAUAAUAAUAUUGAUUUAAAAAAAAAUAUGCCAUAUAUACCUUUAUAUCCAACAGGUUCUAAUAGUAAUGCUCCUAUAAUCCAAUCUCCACCAAUUGGCGCUAAUAUAUAUCCAAAUAUGCAUACACAAAUUUCAUCACAACCUUCUAUAGGGUAUCCUGGAAAUUUAUCAUCACAAAAUAUUAACACUUCACAAAAAUAUCCUCCGAAUAUCAAUUUCCCUACUCUACCUUUUCUUCCAAAAUUACCACACAAUACCUUUCCAUCAAUGGAUUCGACAUUUAUGCCUCAAAAUAUUUGCCCACCACCUGUACCUCCAUCAGCUCCACCAAGUGGGCCCCCAUUAUUACCCCCAUCUGCCCCAGUAAUACCAUCAGUUCCAUCCAAUUUAGCUCAAAAUACAGAAAAUAAUUCAUCCGAAAAUAUUCCUGAGCAAACAAAUGAAGAUAAAGCAGAAGAUAUAGAUCCUUCCAAAGAAUCCCCAAAUAAUACUUCUAAUAAUGAUAAUAGUAACAAAGAUGAUAAGGAAAAUAAAUAA